AUGGCCCAAGUUAUAGCCACUGAUAUAAAUGGGUCCAAAAAAUCCCUCAUGAAUCCACUGAUGCUAGUGAGCAGGAGCACACUGUUCUGGGAGAGCCGGAGGGCCGUGCUGGCUGUUGUGCUUGCUCUUUUACCUGGUGUUGGGAUUGGAGCCUACGUUGCUCAGUGGCCUGAAAAAAUCCUUCUGAGACCUGGAAGCUCUUUGACCAUCUCCUGCUACCAGAAUUACAGUAACCUUGCCUAUAUGUUCUGGUACCAGCAGCCUCCAAGAAAUGGUUUGAAGUUAAUAGUUAGCAGUAGUACAUGGAGUCAUAACUCUUAUGAGGAUGGUUACUCUGAGGCCAAGUUUGAAGUAACCAGACAGAAUACUGAUUACUCUCUGAUGACAAUCAAGAAUGUGACAGCCCACGAUGCAGCCACGUAUUUCUGUGCUGCGAACGAUCACACGCUGCAAAAUGGUGUGAAUAAUGAGCGGUUGUCCUUUGGCAGAGGGACAAAACUUACGGUUAUAGGGAAGAAUGAGGAAAUCAUACCUCCAGCUGUGGCCAUCUUUUCCCCAUCAAAGCAGGAGAUCCAGCAGAAGAGCAAGGCCACGCUGGUGUGCCUGGCCUCUGGUUUCUACCCUGACCACCUGACUCUGGUCUGGAGGGUGAAUGGUGUGAAAAGGACCGAAGGGGUGGGGACAGACGAAUACUCCACACAGAAUGGGAGCACCUACUCACUGACCAGCCGACUGAGGAUGCCAGCCUGGGAGUGGUUCAACCCUCUGAAUCGCUUUGAGUGUGUUGCCAAUUUUUUUCAGAAUGGAACAACAGCAUCAAUAAACAAAGUUAUCCAUGGUGAUGCUGGUUGUGCACUCACAGAAGAGUCGUACUUGCGGUAUGGAAAUUCCCUGAAGCUCACUUACCUCAUCCUCUGUGGCAAAGCCUUGGUCUAUGCAGUUUUGGUGAGUGGUCUGGUGUGGACAGCCAAGAACUCAAAUAAAAUCAAUGCUAUCUAG